UCUCAUGAUAUAUAUCCAUGGCAAGAACCUGAUUGAAGUAGCUAGGAUAAGAAAUAGCAAUCAAAAGCAAUGGCGGACAUGAGAGGAAGCGGUGUCAUCUGUAAUGAGAGUUGCGGCUGUCCUUCGCCUUGCCCCGGCGGUGUUGCAUGCAGGUGCAAGAGUGGUGGCAUGCAGAGCAGCGGCGGUGGGGACGAGGAGCACAAGAAAUGUUCAUGCGGUGAGCACUGCGGAUGCAACCCUUGCAGCUGCUCCAAAGAGUCGGCCUCCGGUGGCACAGGAAAGGCUUUCUGCAAGUGUGCUGAUGGUUGCACCUGCGUCACUUGUUCAUCUUGAAGAUUGGAAAGGUCGACCUAGUUGAUCAGUUUAUAUUAGCUAGAGAAAAUAACAGCCUAUUCCACCCUAAUAUAUAUAUUUACGUUACAUAUAUGUAUUUAUAUAAAUAAAUGUUAUGUGGGUUGGACUGAA